UUAGAGUCCACAGAGGGAGAGACUGAGGGAGCUCAAAAAUGGCGUCUUUGGCGCAGCACUUCUCCGGCCUCCGAUGCCCGCCCCUCUCCUCCUCCCCUGCGCUCUCCAAACCCUCCUCCUCGUCGUCCUCUUCCUCCUCUAAGCGCCCUUAUUCUUCGUCGUCUAGGGUUUCCACCACCGUGGUCGCGGCGGUGGUGGCGGGGACGUACGCCCUAACCCCGGCGCAAAAGGAGCGGCAGAAGCUCAAGGAGCUCUUCGAGGAGGCCUACGAGCGGUGCCGCACCGCGCCCAUGGAGGGCGUCUCCUUCACCGUCGAGGACUUCAACGCCGCCCUCGACAAGUACGACUUCGACGCCGAAAUCGGAAGCAAGGUUAAGGGCACAGUUUUCAUGACAGAUGCAAAUGGUGCACUUGUUGACAUUACAGCUAAAUCUUCUGCUUACUUACCUCUUCAAGAGGCAUGCAUUCAUAAAUUAAAGCAUGUAUCGGAGGCAGGCAUUUAUCCAGGAUUAGUUGAAGAGUUUGUUGUAAUUGGUGAGAAGACCUCCGAUGAUAGCUUAAUUUUGAGUCUGCGGUCGAUUCAGUAUGAUCUUGCGUGGGAAAGGUGCAGGCAACUCCAAGCUGAAGAUGUUGUUGUGAAGGGUAAGGUUGUUGGAGGAAAUAAAGGAGGUGUGGUAGCCAUUGUGGAAGGUCUUCGUGGUUUUGUUCCAUUUUCACAGAUAUCAUCGAAAUCGUCUGCAGAGGAACUCAUUGAUAAGGAAUUACCCCUUAAAUUCGUUGAGGUUGAUGAGGAGCAAUCUAGGCUUGUUCUGAGUAAUCGCAAAGCCAUGGCCGAUAGCCAAGCUCAGCUCGGUAUUGGUUCGGUGGUCUUGGGAACUGUGCAGAGUUUAAAACCUUAUGGUGCCUUUAUCGACAUUGGUGGAAUCAAUGGCCUUCUCCAUGUUAGCCAGAUAAGCCAUGAUCGUGUAUCGGACAUCUCAACAGUGUUGCAACCUGGAGACACCCUCAAGGUGAUGAUCCUAAGCCAUGAUCGCGAAAGAGGCCGAGUUAGCCUCUCUACUAAGAAGCUUGAACCAACCCCUGGUGACAUGAUUCGCAAUCCAAAACUUGUUUUUGAGAAGGCGGAUGAGAUGGCUCAGAUAUUUAGGCAGAGGAUAGCUCAAGCCGAGGCAAUGGCCCGUGCUGAUAUGCUAAGAUUCCAACCCGAGAGUGGUUUAACUCUAAGUUCGGAGGGUAUAUUAGGUCCGCUGACCUCGGACUUGCCUGCGGAGGGUUUAGAUUUGAGUGAUGUCCCUCCUGCUGAAGAGUAGAUAAGUUUUCUGCAGUAAUGGGUGUUUCAUCUUUUCUUCUUUUAUUUUCAGGUUCAAGCUGUAUAAUUUUGCAAAUAGCAUGCACUACUGUUGUAUGAAAAAAGAAAUAUUGUCCCUCCCUGCUGUAGUAAUUUUUCUUGCAGUUGCAGAUGUUUUUUUUU